AUGUAUACUUUGGGUUUUGUGAAGUGUGAUGACACUGUUUUGUUAUUGAAUAGACAAAAGGCUCCUCACAUGGGUAAAUGGAAUGGUGUUGGUGGGAAGAUUGACCCCGAAGAAACUCCCAUGGAAUGCAUAGUAAGAGAAACUAUAGAGGAAACUGGUUUAACAAUCGAUAAUUACGCGUGUAGAGGACGUUUGAGAUGGUUCCGUGACGGAAACGAUCUUGGAUUUGUUUGGUUAUUCACAGGAUCCAUGUCAGCCAAAGAGAUAAAGGAGAGCUAUCCGCAGGGUACCAGAGAAGGAAUUUUGGAUUGGAAGAAGAUGGACUGGAUCAUACACAAAGACAAUGUAGGAAUUGUUGACAACAUUAAGUUGUUAUGGCAACACAUGUGGAAUGGUAAAAAAGAAGACAUCUAUAUAGCUGAAUAUUCCGGAAAUGAUCUCGUGAAAGUAUACAAAGAUGAGAGCGAGACAACAAGAUAG